CCCUCCGACUCCGUCCUUGCGCCGCCGCCGCCGCUUUUCCUGGUGGGCAAAGACUGGGGGUGCUUGGGGCGGGCGGGCAGCAUUCUCCUCGGGGGGCCGCCCUCCUGUGCUUCGGCAGUAGGGAGGGCGAGGCGCGCCUCCAGCUCGGCAAGCCCCCGCCCCCCGAGCCCAAGGAGCGAGCGACUCGGCGGCAGCAAGAGGAGGCGGCCAUGGGGCCCCCGGAGGAGGGCGAGCUCCGCGCGCGCCUGGAGCGCGCCGGCCAGCCGCACUUGCUGCGCUUCUGGGCCGAGCUGGAUGCGGCGCAGCGCGACGCGCUCCGGGCGCAGCUGGACGCUGCCGGGGAAGAACUGGGCGAGCACUGCCGGAGGGCGGCCGAGGCCUGCGCCCGCGAGCGAGAGGGGCCCGGCGGCGGCCAGCGGCUGGACGGCAGGAUGCGGCCCGUCCCGCCCGAGUUCCUGGGCAGCGCCUGCAGGAGCGACCCUGCCACUCUGGAGCGCUGGGAGGAAGAAGGCUUCCGCCAGAUCUCUCAGAAUAAGGUAGCGGUCCUCCUUCUGGCCGGGGGGCAAGGGACGCGCCUGGGGGUCCCUUUCCCCAAGGGCAUGUAUGACGUGGGACUGCCAAGUCACAAGACCCUUUACCAGAUCCAGGCGGAGAGGAUCUGCAGAGUGGAGCAGCUGGCGGGAGCGAAAUUUGGCACACCAUGCUCCGUCCCGUGGUACAUUAUGACCAGCGAGUUCACGCUGGGACCGACUGAGACAUUCUUCCGGGAACAUGGCUAUUUCAGCCUGGAUGAAUUGAAUGUUGUCAUGUUUGAGCAGAGGAUGCUGCCUGCUGUUACAUUCGACGGGAAAGCGAUCUUGGAAGAAAAGGGCAAAAUUGCGAUGGCUCCAGAUGGCAACGGCGGCUUGUACCGGGCCCUGACAGACAACAAGAUCUUGGAGGAUAUGGAACGCCGUGGCAUCCAAUACGUCCACGUCUACUGCGUGGAUAACAUCCUUGUCAAAAUGGCAGACCCUGUCUUUGUGGGCUUCUGCGUAUCGAAAGGGGCUGAUUGCGGUGCUAAGGUAGUAGAAAAAGCCUAUCCCGCAGAGCCUGUUGGGGUGGUGUGCUGUGUGGACGGCGUGUACCAGGUGGUGGAAUACAGCGAGAUCAGCUCAGAAACUGCACAGAUGCAGAACCCAGACGGUCACUUGAUGUACAGUGCGGGGAAUAUCUGCAACCACUUCUUCACUCUCCGCUUUCUUCAGGAUGUAGCUGCGAAAUUUGAGCCUUUGUUGAAGCACCACGUGGCCAUUAAGAAGGUGCCGUAUGUCGACGAGGAGGGCAUUCUGGUAAAGCCGCUCAAACCGAAUGGGAUAAAGCUGGAGAAGUUUGUGUUUGAUGUGUUCCAGUUUGCUAAGAAUUUCGUGGCCUUUGAAGUACCAAGGGAAGAGGAAUUCUCCCCUUUGAAGAAUGCAGACACAGCUGACAAAGACACGCCCACCACUGCAAGGCGGGCGCUCCUCUCCCAACACUACCGCUGGGCUGUGAAGGCUGGUGCCCGAUUUGUCAAUAGCAGCGGCAAAAAGAUAGAUGAGAAAUGCAGUCUAUCAGGAGAUGAGGACCCGCCUGCCGUGUGUGAGAUUUCACCUCUCGUCUCUUAUUUUGGAGAGGGUCUGGAAAAAUCUCUGAAAGCCAAAGUCAUCCCAUCACCUUACUUUCUCGAUAAAGACAAAGCAGAAAUAUUAACACAUUUGCCUUGGAGUUGUUGAUCACAAAAUAACAAGCAAAGAGUUUCUGCGAAAUGAUCAAAAGCAAGUGCUUGGAUACCAAUGACGAAUGCUAGGAGUUAAUUCCAUGUGCAAGAGUAGAGAACUCAAAUCUUGUUUUUAGUUUAGGUUUUUUUUUUUAGUUUGUUCUUUUUGUAGGGUUGGAAGAGGUGGCACAGUUAUCUCACUGUAUUUGAACAAAGAUGUCCUGUCUUUCUGUUCUUGGUUGCCAAGCAGAGUUAUUUAAAACUAGAUAAAAGUAAUUAAAAAAAGAAUAAGGCUGCACCUCUAGAUUAAUGCAUGAGCUUUUGUGGGUUCUCGCCCACAUCCAAGAGCAAGGAUGUGGGCGAGAACCCUACACCCAAGGGUGAAAGCAAGGAUAGUCAGUUACAGGCAGGGAUUGACAAACAUGGAUGGAAACAAGUGGAUAUAGCCAACUGAGAAACCCUUCUUUUCAUGGCCAUGAGGCCAAGUCUUUGCCUAUCUCAAUAUCCAAAGGCAGUUUGAAGAGCAGACGGUGGGUGGUGAACAGGAGAGGGCCUCCAAGAUGUUCAAGCACAUACCUUGUGCGUGCAUUUCCUAGCCAUUGGGCUGGUGUUGCCAUAUUUGCCACGGAGGCCAUAGCUCAGUGGUAGAGCUCAUUGCAUGCCAAAGGUCCUGGGUUCAGUCUCCAGCGUCCCAAAUAGAAAGGAUUUUAGGUAGCCAAUGGCGGGAGAGGCCGCUGUGCCUGAGACCUGAGAGCGGUUGCUAGUUGGAGAAGACAAUAUUGGGUGAAAAUGGACCAACGGACAAGAUGGCUUAUCUACCAUCUAUGUCCAAUAUGGCGCUGACUGAAGAAGCGGAGGAGGGACAGCUAUAGCCCCUUCCCCUCUUGAGAUGAAAAGAGGGCCACCUAGGGCUGCCAGCUUGUGAUGGAUGUGAUUCCUGGAGAGAGUCCCCCACCUCGUUUCGCACGGUGUUGUGUCAUUGAGAUCUCCAUGAUUUGCUUUCAAGAGUUGCCUGGAGACUAUUUCUGGUGACGCCACUUUUUGCAAAAGUGCCUUUUGACUCUGGAAACGGUGCAUGUGGAGCAAGGAGUAGUUGUGCAGGUCUGCUUCUCCUCCCUCUUGUAUUAAAAAUGAUUUUUUUAAAAAUAAAAAAUGGAACAAGAGCAAAUACUCA